AUCCUCCAUCCCAGCCCCCUCCCUGGCGGCGGCGUGAGGAGGAGGAGGAGGGUCGGCUCCAGCGCCUCCCCCCUUCCCCGCCUCCCUCCUCGCCGAGCGCAGCGCCCCGAGCAUGGAGCCUGCCUGAGACGCUCGGUGCGCUCCGGCAGCUGCUGCGGCGGCACAACAUGGAGGCGGCGGCGGCCCCGCCGCUCCCGCUGCUGCUGCUGCUGCGGCUCCUCGCCGCCUCGGUGCUGCGCUGCGAGCCGGGCUCGGCCGGGGCGUCUCCCUUUCUGCUCUUUGCCAACCGGCGGGAUGUCCGGCUCGUGGACGCUGGAGGCACGAAGCUGGAGUCCACUGUGGUGGUCAGUGGUUUAGAGGAUGCUGCUGCGGUUGACUUCCAGUAUUCACAAGGCAUCGUUUUCUGGACAGAUGUGAGUGAAGAAGCCAUCAAGCAAACUUACAUUAACCAAACUGGGAAUGUGGUGCAGAAUGUCAUCAUUUCUGGUCUGGUUUCCCCGGAUGGCCUGGCAUGUGAUUGGAUUGGGAAAAAACUUUAUUGGACGGAUUCAGAAACCAAUAGGAUAGAAGUAGCUAAUCUCAAUGGAACAUCUAGAAAAGUCCUCUUCUGGCAAGACCUUGAUCAGCCCAGGGCAAUAGCUUUGGAUCCGGCUCACGGAUACAUGUACUGGACUGACUGGGGUGAAACACCCCGAAUAGAACGGGCAGGGAUGGACAGCAGCAUGCGGAAGAUAAUUGUUGAUUCUGAUAUUUAUUGGCCAAACGGACUCACGAUAGAUCUCGACGAGCAGAAACUUUACUGGGCUGACGCAAAACUGAGUUUCAUUCAUAGGGCAAAUCUGGAUGGUUCCUUUAGGCAAAAAGUUGUUGAAGGUAGCCUUACUCAUCCCUUUGCUCUGACGUUGUCUGGGGACACUCUGUACUGGACGGACUGGCAGACGCGCUCCAUCCACGCCUGUAACAAAAGGACGGGAGAGAAAAGGAGAGAGAUCUUGUCUGCCCUGUACUCGCCCAUGGACAUCCAGGUCCUGAGUCCGGACCGGCAGCCGUACUUUCACACUCCAUGUGAAGAAAACAAUGGUGGUUGCUCCCAUCUGUGCCUGCUGUCUCCAAGGGACCCCUUCUACAGCUGUGCCUGUCCCACUGGUGUGCAGCUGGAAGACGAUGGCAGGACGUGCAAAGCAGGUGCUGAGGAAGUCUUGCUACUCGCUAGAAGAACUGACUUGAGGAGGAUUUCCCUGGACAUGCCGGAUUUCACUGACAUUAUUCUGCAGAUAGACAACAUCAGACAUGCAAUUGCCAUAGACUAUGACCCUGUGGAAGGCUACAUCUACUGGACUGAUGACGAUGUCCGGGCAAUUCGUCGGGCUUAUCUUGAUGGCGCUGGAGCCCAGACUCUGGUGACCACGGAAAUCAACCAUCCAGAUGGCAUUGCUGUGGAUUGGGUGGCCAGGAACCUGUACUGGACUGAUACUGGCACAGACCGCAUUGAAGUGACCCGGCUGAAUGGGACGUCAAGGAAGAUACUUAUCUCAGAAAACCUAGAUGAGCCUCGAGCCAUAGUGCUCAAUCCUGUAAUGGGCUACAUGUAUUGGACAGACUGGGGUGAAAGUCCAAAGAUAGAAUGUGCUUAUUUGGAUGGCUCAGAAAGGCGAGUUCUGGUGAAUACAUCCCUUGGGUGGCCUAAUGGCUUGGCACUGGAUCUUGAAAAAAACAAGCUUUACUGGGGAGAUGCAAAAACAGAUAAAAUCGAGGUCAUAAAUGUUGACGGAACAAUGAGGAAAACCCUCCUAGAAGACAAGCUUCCACAUAUAUUUGGGUUCACACUGCUGGGAGAUUACAUCUACUGGACUGACUGGCAGAGACGAAGCAUUGAAAGAGUUCACAAGAUAAAGGCCAGCAGAGACAUCAUUAUUGAUCAGCUGCCAGAUUUAAUGGGCCUUAAGGCAACGAGUGUUACCAAAGUGUUUGGCACUAAUUCAUGCGCAGAGAACAAUGGAGGCUGCAGCCAUCUGUGUUUCUUUACACCCCAGGAGGCCAGGUGUGCCUGUCCCAUUGGCCUUGAGCUGUUGAGUGACAUGAAGACUUGCAUCAUUCCUGAAGCCUUCUUAGUUUUCACAAGCAGAGCAGCAAUUCAUAGGAUUUCCCUUGAAACCAAUAAUAAUGAUGUCGCUAUUCCUCUUACUGGAGUCAAGGAAGCAUCUGCUCUGGAUUUUGAUGUCUCUGAUAACAGAAUCUAUUGGACUGAUGUUAGUUUGAAGACCAUAAGCCGAGCUUUCAUGAAUGGGAGCUCUGUUGAACAUGUGAUUGAGUUUGGGCUAGAUUAUCCUGAGGGAAUGGCUGUAGACUGGAUGGGAAAGAACCUCUACUGGGCAGAUACUGGAACCAAUCGCAUCGAAGUAGCCCGCCUGGAUGGACAGUAUAGGCAGGUCCUUGUGUGGAAGGACUUGGACAACCCAAGGUCUCUGGCUCUUGAUCCCACCAAAGGGUACAUGUAUUGGACUGAGUGGGGAGGUAAACCCAGGAUUGUUCGAGCCUACAUGGAUGGGACAAACAGCAUCACUUUGGUGGACAAAGUGGGGCGUGCCAAUGACCUCACUAUUGAUUAUGUGGACCAAAGGCUCUACUGGACUGACUUAGACACAAGCAUGAUUGAGUCAUCAAAUAUGCUGGGACAAGAACGAGAAAUCAUAGCAGAUGAUCUACCUCAUCCAUUUGGAUUAACCCAGUACAGUGACUACAUCUACUGGACAGACUGGAAUCUUCACAGCAUAGAAAGAGCAGACAAGACCAGUGGGAAGAACAGGACACUUAUUCAGGGCCAUCUGGAUUUUGUCAUGGAUAUAUUGGUCUUCCAUUCCUCUCGUCAGGAUGGCUUGAAUGAUUGUGUGCAAAAUAAUGGCCAUUGUGGUCACUUGUGCCUUGCCAUCCCAAAUGGAUUUAGGUGUGGCUGUGCUGCUCAUUACACCUUGGAUCCCAACAGCAGGAACUGUAGUUCCCCUGCCAGUUUCCUGCUAUUUAGCCAGAAAUCUGCCAUCAGCAGGAUGAUACCUGAUGAUCAGCAAAGCCCAGAUAUCAUCCUACCCAUGCACGGUCUGAGGAAUGUCAAGGCUAUCGAUUAUGAUCCCUUAGAUAAAUUGAUCUACUGGGUGGAUGGACGCCAGAAUAUUAUAAAAAGAGCCAAAGAUGAUGGCACCCAGCCUUUCACUGUAAUGAGUACUCCAAACCAAAGUCAGAACCCAGAGAAGCAGCCACAUGACCUCAGCAUUGAUAUAUACAGCCACACCUUGUACUGGACCUGUGAGGCCACGAAUUCCGUCAAUGUGCACCGGCUGAACGGCGAAUCCAUCGGGAUGGUGCUGCGAGGGGAUCACGACAGGCCCAGAGCCAUCGUAGUGAACGCAGAGCGAGGGUACAUGUACUUCACCAACAUGCAGGAGAGAGCUCCCAAGAUUGAGCGUGCAGCCCUGGAUGGCACAGAGAGAGAAGUGCUUUUUACAACUGGCUUGAUCCGACCAGUAGCACUGGUGGUUGACAACAAACUUGGAAAGCUUUUCUGGGUGGAUGCAGAUCUGAAGCGCAUCGAAAGCUGUGACCUGUCAGGUGCCAACCGCGUGACCUUGGAGGACUCCAACAUUCUUCAGCCCACGGGACUCACUGUGCUGGGGAAUCACUUGUAUUGGAUUGAUCGUCAGCAGCAAAUGAUUGAGAGAGUGGAGAAGGUGAAUGGGUACAAAAGGACUAGAAUUCAAGGCCGGAUUGCUCACCUGACAGGCAUUCAUGCUGUGGAAGAGCUUGAUAUGGAAGAGUUCUCUGUGCAUCCAUGCUCCCGUGACAAUGGUGGGUGUUCACACAUCUGCAUUGCCAAAGGGGAUGGAACUCCAAGAUGUUCAUGCCCCGAGCACCUUGUGCUUCUACAGAAUCUCUUAACAUGUGGAGAACCUCCAACUUGUUCCCCAGACCAGUUUACCUGUGCAACUGGCGAGAUUGACUGUAUCCCAAUGGCAUGGCGGUGUGAUGGGUUUCCUGAGUGUGAUGACCAGAGUGAUGAAGAUAGUUGCCCCAUAUGCUCUGCAUCCCAGUUCCAGUGUGAGAAGGGACAGUGCAUUGAUGCACACUUGCGGUGUAAUGGAGAAAUCGACUGUCAAGAUAAAUCUGAUGAAGCAGACUGUGAUACAAUUUGUCUGCCCAACCAGUUCCGAUGUGCGAGUGGCCAGUGCAUCCCCCUGAAGCAGCAGUGUGACUCCUUUCCGGAUUGCAUUGACGGUUCUGAUGAGCUUAUGUGUGAAAAAUCAAAGCCAGCCUCAGAUGAGUCCCAGCCACACAGCAGUGCCAUCGGUCCCGUCAUUGGGAUAAUACUGUCCCUUUUUGUCAUGGGAGGAAUGUACUUUGUUUGCCAGCGCGUGGUGUGUCAGCGCUAUGCCGGGCCCAAUAGUCCUUUUCCACAUGAGUAUGUCAGUGGUACCCCUCAUGUCCCUCUUAAUUUUAUUGCUCCAGGAAGUUCUCAACAUGGCACUUUUACUGGCAUCUCUUGUGGAAAGUCCAUGAUUAGCUCCAUGAGUCUCAUGGGAGGAAGCAGUGGUGCCCCAUUGUAUGACAGAAACCAUGUUACUGGAGCAUCUUCAAGUAGCUCAUCCAGCACUAAAGCCACUUUCUACCCACAGAUUUUGAAUCCACCUCCUUCCCCAGCUACCGAUCGCUCCUUAUACAACGCAGAGAUGUUUUAUUCCUCAAACAUUCCUUCAAACACAAGAUCUUACAGGCCAUACCUUAUACGAGGGAUAGCUCCACCCACAACCCCAUGCAGCACAGAUGUCUGUGACAGUGACUAUACCACGAGUCGAUGGAAGGCCAACAAAUACUAUAUAGAUUUAAAUUCAGACUCAGACCCUUAUCCCCCUCCACCCACACCUCGCAGUCAGUACAUGUCGGCAGAAGAAAGUUGCCCUCCGUCUCCUGCCACUGAACGAAGCUAUUUUCACCUCUACCCCCCUCCACCCUCUCCUUGUACAGACUCUUCAUGACCUCAACAGAAGGAACUUUUCCUGUAAAUAUUUUAAAAUAUGAACAGAUUUAAAAUAUAUAUUUUAUGAUUUAAAAAUAAAUCUGGGUGGGAAUUAAACAAAACUAAAUGUGAAUAAAAAUGGGUGGGAGGGGUGGGGCUGUGAAAAAUUGUACAGAGGAAGAAUAUUUAUAAAAUUGAUUUUUUUAACUUAAUUUCCAUUCUUUUGUGCCAUAUUUGCCUUUUUGAAGUCAUGUAACUGACUCAGUCUCCAAAGGAUUUGGAGAGGGAAUGUUGAAACUUUCUGCAUUUUUAAGUCACCUUUUUACAUGCAAGAAGUGAAGUUCUUUUUAUUCAUGUGAGACAAGAAAACUAAGUGGCUUGUGGGAAGGGGAGUCAUCUAAAGAAAGAUGCAGGCUUAUUCCUAGAGAAGAAAAACACAUUUAAAUACAAUUGUCAGUAUCAUCCCUUCACCACCACUGGAAGAAAACGUGCAUGAUCACAACCCUUAGAUGCUCCAGUUUGUAAGUGAGCUGAAUGCUUCCCAGCAGAACUUGAGUGCCAAAACCCGAAUUUCAAACCUUCCUCUCCAUCUGCUUAGCAUUGAACUGAAAGAACACUUCUUUUGGCCAAGCCUUCCAGCUUAACUAAACCCACAGGCAUCAUGUCCUACCUCAUGUUAGUGCCACUCUGCACAUGGCCAAUUCUGUAACUGAUUCAGGCUAAGUAAGAUCAGUCCUAAAAAACCUGGUUUAGUUCCAACCAGUUCCCCACCUGACUGGGUGAAUGGUAGCAGAGGCAGUUGUACUGACCUGUGGGUGAGAGCAAGGGUCAAGUUUAAAGUGGUAUUUAAGCUAAGAGAAAUGCCCAACAAAUUGCAGAUUUGGUCAGACUCACUACAUUUUAAUAGUGGUGCAGCCAAGCUCCUUCAUCCUUCCUUGUGAAGCUUUGGUCACUGUCUGGGACAAAGCUGUAACUAGCCAAUGCUAGUUUUCUUUUUCUCAAAAGUCCUGUAAUCACUGUGCCUGGUUUCUGAGAUGUUCACCCAUGUUGACUUGAUCAGAGAAUUGCUUCAUCUUUUAAUAUUCAUUUUCCAAAGCAGAAUGAAGUGGCCACUUGUAUUCAAAUGAGGAAAGUUGUUUGAGUUUUAACUGGUGUUUGUAGAAAAAUGGUAUCUGCAUAGCUCAAAUCAAAAAUCAGUUUAGUCAUAUCUCAUAAAAAUUUGCCACAUAAUUCAGAUUUAGAAAUAGAAGAAAGAGCACAGGAGGAAGAAAAGACAAAUACUUUUUUUUUCUAGGCAUGUUGAUAUAGAAAUGAUUAACUCUCAUACAAACUGCUGUAACCUCAGGACAUCAAGAUCAGCAAAGUGCUCGUAUUCCCAGCUCCUACCAAAAGAACCUUUGGGGAAUGGGGGAGCUAGAAUCAGUCCCUUUCAAAUUCAGAAGACAAAUUUUUGCUUUCAUUGCUCUUUGUAGCAAAAAGGAUUGGGUAUUGUAUGGCACUUUAUAAAUUCAGCACUGGUGAUGAUAAUGGGAGGGCCUGCUUGGGACAUCUGAGGGAAGUUCUGAAUAUGCAAACUUGCACCUGUUUCUGCAGCUGCUCGAUAACAGAUGUGUUGGGCCUUCAACAGCUUUAAUAUUGAUGGCAACAAUGUAAACUUUUUUCUUGUUUGAACUAAAAUUGUACUUGGCUUUGGGUCUUUUUAGCAAGUUAUUUGAGAGCACGUCAGAGGAACCUUACAGCUUCAGGAGAGAGGUGUUUGUUGUGGCGGUGGAAGUGCUGGGACCAUGGUGUUCUGAUCCCCUUGGUGUUUUCAGAUUUAUCAGUCCAGAUCUGUUCUUCUGGUCUGCAUAGUUCAAGGGCUGUGCUGUCCUGGUGUGUUACUAAAACUCCUAAAGUAGCUUUUACUACCUUCAUGUCUAAAUUUUCACUUGAGAAAUUAAGCACAAAGAAUAUGAUUUUUCACAGAGAAAAGUACAGAAGUGGAAUUUAAGAAUGGGUUCUUUCCUCAUCCCCUAUGAACAUUAGCAAUUUUGUAAUAUGCUGUGAUGGGCAAGGUCAUAGUUUGUUACUCUUGGAGUUACUUACCCAAUCUCUGAACUGAUGGUUUGGUGAAAGAAAGCAAUUCUCAUGUGAUCAUGUUUCAAGUAACUAAAUUAGGAAUAUACAGCCACAGGAUAUUUUAUGUGCCACAUGAGUCAUAUAAAAGAGUAUUUGUUCUGCAUUACAGCAGUUGGUAGCCCAAUUUCAUAUCAUAUGUAAUUUUCUGCUUGAUAACUAUUCACUGUUUAUAAUGAAUUCAUUAGUUGUUUCAUGUCACAGUUCUAGCUUAGAGACAUACCACAUUAAUUUUCCUGUAUUCCUGUGAUGACACUGGAUGCAGAAUUGCUUACUGUUUUUCAUUAAACCACUGAUCUUUUUUAAGAGCUACAACUAUAAGAAUCCUGACCACUUCAUUUGAAGAUUUGUAUCCUAUUACAAACAUUGGAAUUGAGUCCAAGAAAAUUACCAUUUUUACUGAACUAUCUUAAGAAUCACAUUCUUUUGGAGCUUGGGUUUUCAGAAGGAAGGAAGCACUUGCUGAAUGGGCUGAAUUAAGUGUACAUUUUUAUUUCAGUUGAAUAUUCAUAGCCUCUUGCUGUUGAUGUUUGCUGAGGAAUUGCCUUCUCUGAGGCACUGGAAGUUUGGUGAUGAGAAUCAAAGCCCCACACUGCUCCAUACUACUGACAUUAAAAGCCUUUUCCAAAAACAGAUUGAAUACAAAUUUGGCAUCUUAACCUUUAAAUACUAAAUAUUACUUUUUUUAUUACUGUAGGCUAUAUACUUGAAAAGGAUUACUGCACUCCUGGUGUUAGCAAAGACCAGGAAGAAAAUCUGAGCAACAAGAACUACUUCUUUCCAGAAUAUCCCCACUAUUUUCUUAGUGGUUUCCAUCCUGUGAACUUUCAGGCUAAAACGCAGAAAAUUCAUAUUUUCUUCUAGGUAAGGAUGAGAGAAAGAGUUGCAGGGAAUUAGUGAAUGCAUAUGAGCAAUUCUGGCAGUUCAGGGAUGAAUAGGAGAUGUGGGGGGGAAAGUUGCAUUUUGGUGAGGCUUAAGCAUAGUUUUAAUAAUGCAGAAGUCUUCUGUGAGAAAGCUGACUGAAACAUUUUAAGAGCUCUACCCUAAGAACUGCAGAGGGGUACAUGUGAUUCAGCUACCUGUGUGAGCUUAUGAGUACUUGAAUCAGUGUUUUCAACCAUUAUUUUCCAAGCCCAUUGUGACUGCAUAUUAGCACUUGAAACAACUCAGGGUGGAACAAGGAGUGGUGUCUGGACAGUAGCCAGUAAUGGGCAAAUGCUAUGGUUGAUUCUGUGUUAGAUUUAAAGGACAGAUGUCCCAGCAGAGAGCAGCUUACCUGUCCUGCAGUGCUGUCAUGAAAGCAGCCACUUGGGUCUUCCCUUCUGUGGAAUUUGUCCCAUCUGCAGGGCGGAUGUAGCAGCAGUGUGAGGCUGUAAGGUAAAUGGACAAGUAAUCAUCUUCGACAGUCAAGGAUUCUUCCAUUUCAAGGAACAGUUUUGUGCAAAUUACAGUUUGACUUCAGCUAGACUGGUCAAUAGCCACUGCACCUUUAAAUUUGCAGUAGAGGUAGUGAAUUUGUUCUGGAUGAGUCUGAGGAAACUUCAUGAGCACUAUCCCAGCUGUCUUACUUAGAUUUCUUACUCAGAUUUCUUCUGUCUGGACAGAUCACUAGAGAGCACUUAGGCUAAGAUUAAGCUAAAUCUGUAUGUAUGACAAAUAAUAAUUUCUUCAGGAUAGUGUUAUAGUACAAAAUGCUGUGUCUAAAAAUGAGCUAAUGCCAUUAUCAACAUAUUUUAAAGAGGAAGGCAGAAGUGAGUGGGGAAAAAAAUUCUUUUGGAAUAAUGAAAUUGAUUUUCAGUAAUAAGCCUUCAUUUCUGUAGUUUGCAAAGGUACAGGCACUUCCCUAACAGUUCUGAUUCUUUUCAAAGUAACAACAAAACGGUCUGUUCCCUCAAUACCUGUUUUACACACCUAGGAUGGGCUUUCUGGAAUUCUCCAGGCUUGUUUACCCCAGAUCUAUUUUCCACGGGGUAUCUAGAACAUCAUGUGCACGGUCUAGGACUCAUGUUCUCCCCAUUUUUAUGCCAACUGGUGCCUCUUGGAUUCUGGGGCUUUUGACAUUCUGAUGCUCUGUGCACAGCGGUGAAAAAGGAUUUGGAAGCAGGAGCACUCACGUAAGAGCUGGUGAUGUCCUUCCUCCAUUGCCUGCAGGGUCAGAUCCCUUUGCUGGGGAGGACUCUUGUGCUGCCCUUUCUCAGAGCCUCUCCAGCAUGUUGUGCUACUUCACAAGUGUGCUCAGUUAAACAUCACAAUAGUUGUGUGUCCUGUUGGCUUCAAGCAUUUUUGGAAGGAGAUCUCUUCAGUCAUUUUGUUGGGGUUUGUGUUGAGUCAGUCCAAAUGAGUAGCUGUGCUUACGAUUGUACUACAGACGAUAUCCAUUAAUGUCAGGAAAUGAAAACAGAAGGCAGGCAUGUUCCCAAUAAUUAAUAACACACACGACUGCCUGGCACAGAGCCCUGAAUUAGAGGUAAUGUAUUUGCUGUUACAGUGCCGAAGGACAUUUUAUAAAUGUCCAUGCGUGGACAGAGCCUUAGACAAGCCACAGUCAAAGAUAACUGUUUACAGCUCAGUCAUUUGGUGGUUGUUGUGUGUUGUGACUCAGUUAUGAAUUAUGACUACAGCCCUCCUUGUAAAUUUGGCUUGUCUAUAAGAGAUUCAUAGAAGACUGAAUCCAAAACUCUGAGAGGUGUCUGCUGUUUCUGCUGCUGUUCCCUUAGGUACUGCAACACUUUCUGAUCAUCAUUAUAUAUAAAACCCCCUUUCUACAGCAGCGGUAAGUUUAGCUAAACAGCUUAAGGUAUUUAAUACACAUUAAAAGAAAUACUUAAUACGCAUAGAUAUUUUCAAUCCUGUUAGGUCUUCUACCUCUCCUUCCUGAGAACACUUACUCUAGAUUUUCUAAAGGGUGUUUUUCUUUGUUUAUUUUGAGGUUGGCCAGCUAUGCUGUGGGCUAUUUUCAUGUAGAAUCAUACUCCCUUUAAGAAAACAAAAAAAAGAAGGAAAAAUUAAUUUUAAAUCAAUGUUAAGCCUGCUGAUAGGAAUGAUGGAAACCAGUCUGAUAUGUCUUCUGUAUUCCACAACAAAAUCCUUCAAAAUUCCAUGUCCUGACAUGCUGACAGUGCUCCCAGCCACCUAUGACAAGCUGCCACAUGCUGGCUGUUCCCAGCAUGAACCACAGCCCUUGUUGCUGCCCACCUCUGGAGUCAGGGCUAGGUCCUCACCAGCCAGCACAGAAUCCUGGUGGAUAGAAGAUCACCAUGGCAAUUCCUAAACAGGUUGGUUUAUAUUUACAAAAUACAUGCAGAGAAUGUGCUUAGAAGGACUUGUCAGAGGAGAAAAGCAAGUUUGACGGCUCCAGUGACAGACUAAUUCAGCAACAUUGACACCUCUGGAAAGCGAGUGCUCCCACUGAUGCACCUUUCUGUAAAUAAGAAUGAGGCCACUCUUAGUGACAGCACUCCUGGGGUGGCUGCAUUUAACAAAGGGAGUGGUAUUCCCGUUUGAUUUGUACAGAGACCCUGCAGCCUGUAAAUAGUUGUACAUGGAAUUCAUCAGCCUGUGGAGGUAAAACAAAAGCUGUUGAAAGUGGGAGGAUGGCUGUGUGAAAUUUGGGGGGUAUCAUAAACACAACUCUAAUCCAGACCACUUUCCUACUCACCUACUUGUAUCGCAAUUGCUGCUAUUGUAAAUGUACAGGAAUAUACAAAGAGUACCAAGAAUUUUUAUGAUAUAACCCACACAUAAUCUUUUUAUAUUUAUAUUAAAUUGUGUAUUCUGCAAACAGCCUAAUAAUUACAGCUUUAUAUGUGUAUCAUUUUGUAGUAUUUGUUACCUCAAAAGACAACCAAACCCAAUACUUCAGUGCCUUGUGUAUUUUAAACAGAUUAACAUAUAAACUGGGGGGAAAAAAUGUAGAUUUUACUCCGCUGGUUUUAACAAUGCUUUGUAUUAUUGUUAGGGUUCUCUUCAGUUAAAAUACAUACAGCCACAAGUUGUGGAACUAACUGAAAGCAUACAAUUUUGGAGUUUUUUUAGAGCAUGCAUGUUUUGAAUUUGUAAUAUAUUGGAGUUUCUCUCAAAUGCAUUCUUUCAAGUUAACUUUGAUUUAUAUAUUCAUAUCUAUUUCAACAGACAUCCCGAUCCCUGUCAAAAAUACGUAGCAUUAAAAAAAAAAAAUGCCAGUAACUGAUACUUACAUGUUUGGGGAUUAAAUGAGUGCUGUUUUCAGCACGUCACAAUUUUCAUUAGAGCCACAAAAUCUUUAUUGUGUUACAGAAAGUCUUGAUCAAUUAUUUGUCCAAGCAUGGCCUUCUAGCACAUAAAUGACUUGGUAAUACUGUGGUAAAAAAAUCUUCUUUGGGGCUGUCAUCACUUCAGACCAUUGCACGUUAACAAUUUUCUGGUCAUGAAACUGCGAUGUUUCUUUACGUUAACAAAACCAAAGGCUUGUUUGAAGUAACUGGUAUUUUGUAUAAAUAUUUGUACAGAUAACAGACUCUGCUUUUGUACUAUAGAUUAUGUGGAUUUUGGUUUAUAAUAAAUGCUUUAAAAAGA